AUGAUCAACAUCUCCGCUCUAGACUCUAACAUAUUUCUAUUGGCUCUAAUCAUUUCAUUUAUCAUCAUUUUAUAUCUAUCUUUGAUUCCAAUUCCUAUAAGAGGUAUACCUUCAAACAAACCACUUACUCCCUUUGGUGAUCUGUUCAAAUUGUACCCCCUUCCAAAGUUUACCAACAUCAAGAAUCAAACCUUUUCACGUACUAAAACAUUGGCAGAAAUCGGUGCAAGUUUCAAAGGAGCUAGAUUGGUACAAGUCUCGAUAGGACCAGCUGGAACUUGGAUUAGUUCAUGGUUUGGAAAAUGUUGGGUGAUUGUUAAUGAUCCUGAUUUAGUGGUUGAGAUUUGUCACAAGAGAGCAAAUGAUUUCCCGGAUCCAGGUUUGGGAUUAGAUGUAUAUCGAGGAAUUAUUCCGAAUGGACAACUUUCACUUCGAACUAACAAGGUCUUCAAACAACAUCGUAGAGCUAUUGGAGCAUCAAUGACUUCCUCAUAUCUAUCCAAGAUCACUCCCAAGAUAACUCGUUCUGUGACUGAACUCAUCCAACUCUGGAAGAUGAGAUGUAAAGUUUUAGAUCAGAGUGGAGAGUUAUGCUUUAAAGCGGCGCAAGAUCUGAGAUUGAGUACAAUGGAUACUAUCUCAGAUAUCAUUUUUGGUGAAUCAUUUGGAGUUACCUCUUCUCGUCUUGAUCACCUAGAACGUUUAGCAAAAGGUCCAGUCACGGCAGAUGAGCGACCAAAGUUCCCUGGUUUAGCUCAUGGCUUAAACCUAAUUGUGGGAGAUGUAGCAAAAGCCUUUAUAUCACCAUCACCUAGACUGUUUUGGUUCUUUCGAUCGAUCUUGAAUCGAUUCGAACCUUCUCGUGCUUCUAUUUUUUCAUUCUUGGAUCAAGCCGUUGAAAGUUCCAAAGCUUCAGAUGGUGGUAGGACUAGUUCGAUUGUUGAUCUCUUGGUUUCUGAUCAACUUGAAGCUCAACGAAGAGGAGAGUCCGCUUUGAGUGAUGCUGAGAUCCGAGAAGAACUGUUAGUCUACUGGGUGGCAGGCCAUGGUACAAUGGCAUGCACACUAGCAUGGGCGGUUAAGCUAUUAGCAAGCGCGCCUGAAGUCCAAAAACGAUUGAAAUAUGAAUUAAUGAUGUUCCUUCCGACACCUGAAGAGCGAUCGCCUACUUACUCUGACUUGACCAAAUCAAGUCAAGAUCUAUCUUACCUCGAUGCUGUCGUUCACGAGCUAUUGAGGUGUGCAAGAACCUUGGCGGAUGUAUCGAGGGAGACGACCAGUGAGGUGAUUCUUGCCGAUACUGUUAUCCCACCACGUACUACCAUCGUCAUGCCUCAUGGCUACUGGGGAGAUCGAAGCUUCAAGCCUGAACGAUGGCUAGAUGCUGAUGGUCGAUUCGACUACCAUAAACCUGGUCCUUUCCAUGCUUUUGGACAUGGUCCCAGGGGAUGUUUCGGCCGAAAUUUGGCACUACUCGAGAUGAGAUUGUAUAUUGCAAUGCUAUCGAUGGAAAUUUUCUUUGAUCAAGUUCCUGAUGGACUGGAUACGAUGGAAUCGAUCGAGCUAGUCGCCAAUCAUCCGGUUUCCUGCGUAGUUCGACCUCGUCUCUGGUCUGAGCUUGAUCUUCAUGAGGAUAGCACGACUCCAUAA